GCUCCCACCUCUCGUUGUUACUAUAAUCACUUUCCCAGCCUCCUCCGCCCUGUCUUGCCUCUAUUCAAUUCUUCUUCACCACCGUCUCAUCUCUUCAUCUUCUUUAGCAACCGCCAAUCCUUUCGAUCAUUUCUAUUUUUAUGUUGUUGUUUUCCAACGCAUUCAUGGCAGUGAAAAUAAUAUUGAUUUGGGCCUUGAAUAGACUGUUGAAGGCAAGGCUAUCACUAGAGUCCACCCUACCUUGUUUGUCUCGCAAUAAAGAUUAGGUAUGAACUCUUGAGGGCGCUUGAUUAGGUUCGACGACGAUGGCUUUGAUUUGGGUUGAUAGGUGGUAAGAGGGCUAUGAAAAGACAGAGUAGGUGGUGGCUAAAAAAAGAAGAGGAAGGGAGAAGAUUGUGAUGGAAAAUGGUGGGGGAAAGGCGAGGGAGGGAGGAGGAGGUUAAGGGAGUGACUAUAGCAACAAGAGAAGGUGGGAAGGAAGAAGAAAGGUUAAGGGAAAAAAUGUAAUUGAAACUGUGUUUUUGAAGUUAUUAUUCAUGUUUUCCUAUACAUUGCAAUUAGUUUUGAUUCCCACCUAUUUUGUUAUUAUUUUACAUUCUUUCAUUUUUUAUUUUAGUUUUGAUUCCCACCUAUUUUGUUAUUAUUUUACAUUCUUUCAUUUUUUAUUUUUUAUUUUUUAUUUUUUGCAUUUCUCCAAAUAAAAAGAGGAAAAUAAGAUUACUAUAAAAAGAGCUUGGUUUAGGGAACAAGAUUACUAUAAAAAAAAAUGAGUUUGGUUAAAAAAAGACUCAGGCUUGAAGCAUCCCACGAACCACAGCCAUAUAGUAUUUUAUUGCACGAAAUUCCCACCUCAAAAUAAGAGACUCAUAAAUGUAUGAGUGAUUCACAAAAAAAAAGGCAUGAUCACAUCACAAACCUUUCCUAAUUUAAUAAUCUUCUUCACUUCAAACAAAACGCGUGAUUGAGGGACUAAUUGAUUGGAUUGCAAAGUUGCAAAUACAUUUCUUUCAAAAUCUUUCACUCUUUGUUUUUCACCAUAGCAAACUUCUUUUCUGGGUGAAUACAAUAAUCUUGACUUGACUGUAUGGUGAAAAGUAAGAGAAAGAUUUGAAAUGGGUUUAUUCAGGCUUUUCUCUUCUCUCUCCAAGAACAGGUCUAGAUCGCCAUGGAAAUGGGUUUCAAAGGCCCUUUAGCUUCACCUUCAUCACUCUCUAGAAUCAAUUGCUGAUGCACAGAGGAAAAAGAAAAUGAUGAUGAUCAUCGUUGUCGUCGUAUCUACAGUUUUGGGGAUGAUUCUCUCCGCCACGGCUGGCUAUUAUAUUUGUCAGUUAAGAAAGGCAAAACUUAAGGCAGCUCAAGAGGAAAACAGUUUCUACAAAGAUUCUAAAGAAGAAAGUCAAGAUAAUGAGCUCGAAUUACCUCUUUUUGAUCUAGGUACCAUUUUUGCUGCUACUAACAAAUUUUCUUCCGGAAAUAAGAUAGGACAAGGUGGUUUUGGCUCUGUCUAUAAGGGCGAAUUGCCUGACGGACAAGAAAUAGCUGUGAAGAGGCUCUCACAGGGUUCUGGGCAAGGACUCAAGGAGUUUAAGAAUGAAGUUAAUUUGAUUGCAAAACUUCAACACCGUAACCUUGUUAGGCUCUUGGGAUGCUGCAUUCAAGGAGAAGAAAGGAUGCUAAUUUAUGAGUUCCUGCAUAACAAAAGCUUGGACAACUUCAUAUUUGAUCAAACUAGGAGAAAACUGCUACCUUGGGAAAAGCGCUUCAACAUCAUUGUUGGAAUUGCACGAGGACUACUUUAUCUUCAUGAAGACUCGAGAUUGAGAAUCAUUCAUAGGGAUCUUAAAGCAAGUAACAUCUUAUUAGACAAUGAGAUGUGCCCAAAAAUCUCCGACUUUGGCAUUGCAAGAAUUUUUGGUGGGGAGCAGACGGGGGAAAUGACCAAGAGAGUAAUGGGAACUUAUGGUUAUUUGUCUCCAGAAUAUGCAAUGAGCGGUCACUUUUCGGUAAAGUCAGAUGUGUUUAGUUUUGGUGUUUUAGUGUUAGAGAUAAUAAGCGGUAAGAAGAAUUGGGGAUUUUAUCACCCUGAACAUGACCUCAACCUCGUAGGGCAUGCAUGGAAGCUGUGGGAUGAACAGAGUCCUCUGCAACUAAUGGAUGAAGUAUUGGAUGAGUCAUUUUCGACAAAUGAAGUGGUGAGAUGUAUUCAAGUGGGCCUUUUGUGUGUACAACAACGGACAGAAGACCGGCCAACAAUGUCCUCAGUGGUUUUUAUGUUGAGUAAUGAAAGUGCAGAGUUGAAUCAACCCAAAGAACCUGGUUUUAGUGUGGAAAGAUUUUCAGUGAAGAUCGAAUCGUUGUCAGGUGGACAAACUUCCAGUACUUCUAAUGACAUUACCAUUACAACAUUGGCCGGGCGAUAGAAGGAUUAAUAUUACAUUGAAUUAUUUCUGCAUUUUGUAGAGUUCUUCCACUCUUGUUUGAUUUUCAAACUCAACAUCUGUUUUUGAGUUUUUCGUUGUGUUUUCUUGUUUUUGGUUUACUUUUUUUUUAAUAUUUUAGUCAAUUAUUUUUUUAA